AUGUGUUACUUACGGCGAAACUCCCGCCGGCGCCGGCAGCACCAGCGGCAGCAGCGGCGGUGGGGGAGCCUUAGCGGUGUCGCCGGUACUCGAGCCGGGGAGGACGCCGGGCGGCCGCCAGCAGCACCCGCUGCCUAGAGGUGACAGCGGAGGAUCCCGCUGCGGCUCCGAGCACUGCGCUCUUCUACGAAGGAAUAACUUUAUUUUACCUGCUUUCCUCCGUCCUUCCUUUUUUUCUUUUUUUUUUUUUUUUUUUCGCCGCGGCGCUCGGGCUCCGGAUCCGCUCAGCGUCGGCGGCAGCAGCGAGAGGAGCCGGGCGGCGCUCCCGCCGCGGGGCUGGGGAUGGCGAGCCCUGCUGUGCUGGGGCUGCUGCCCCCCCUGAGCUCCCCGCCCGGCCCCAACCUGAACAACAACAACAACAACAACCAGGGCGUCAGGAAGUGCGGGUACCUGCGCAAGCAAAAGCACGGCCACAAGCGCUUCUUCGUGCUGCGCGGCCCGGGCGGCGGUGGGGAAGAGGCGGGGGGCGCCCGGCUGGAGUACUACGAGAGCGAGAAGAAAUGGAGGAACAAGUCUGGGGCGCCCAAGCGGGUGAUCGCCCUGGACUCCUGCCUCAACAUCAACAAGCGGGCGGACGCCAAGCACAAGUACCUCAUCGCCCUCUACACCAAGGACGAGUACUUCGCUGUCGCAGCCGAAAACGAACAGGAGCAGGAGGGCUGGUACAGGGCUCUCACCGACCUGCUCAACGAGGGCAAGGCGGCCUGCCAGGGGUCCCCCUACCGCCACCUCGCCUCCCCCUUCUCCGCCUCCUGCGGCGCGGCCGCCACCUCCCUGGCCGCGGCCGGCGAAGACCUUAACUACGGGCUGAUCGCACCGGCCACCGCUGCCUACCGAGAGGUCUGGCAGGUGACGCUGAAGCCCAAGGGCUUGGGUCAGAGUAAAAACCUCACCGGCGUCCACCGGCUCUGCCUCUCGGCCCGCACCAUUGGGUUCGUGCGCCUCAAUUGCGAGCUGCCCUCGGUCACGCUGCAGCUGAUGAACAUCCGCCGCUGCGGCCACUCCGACAGCUUCUUCUUCAUCGAGGUGGGGCGCUCGGCCGCCACCGGCCCCGGCGAGCUCUGGAUGCAAGCGGACGACUCGGUGGUGGCCCAGAACAUCCACGAGACCAUCCUGGAGGCCAUGAAGGCGCUGAAGGAGCUGUCCGAGUUCCGGCCCCGCAGCAAGAGCCAGUCCUCCUCCUCCUCUUCCUCCGGGGGGGCCGGCGGGCCCGGCGGCAGCGGCGUCUCCGCCACCCAUCCCAUCACCGUGCCCGGUCGCCGGCACCACCACCUGGUCAACCUGCCUCCCAGCCAGACCGGCCUCCUCCGCCGUUCCCGCACCGACAGCCUCGCCGCUGGCGCCAGCGCCAAGUGCACGCCGUGCCGGGUGAGAACGGCCAGCGAGGGCGACGGCUGCCGGGUGGGCUCCGCGGCCGGCAGCCCUAUGAGCCCGGGCCCUGUGCGGACCCCCCUGAGCCGCUCGCACACGCUCAGCGGCGGCGGAGGGCGGCAGGCAGGGAAGCUGCUCCCGGUGCUGGCCGGCGGUGGCGGCGGCGGGCUGCAGAGCAGCCGUUCCAUGUCCAUGCCCGCCUCCCACUCGCCCCCCUCCGCCACCAGCCCCAUCAGCCUCUCCUCCAGCAGCGGCCUCGGCUCCGAGCCUGCCCACCCGCAUCACCCGCAGCGCCCGUCCAGCGGCAGCGCCUCCGUGUCCGGCUCCCCCAGCGACGCCGGCUUUAUGUCCUUCGACGAGUACGGCUCCAGCCCAGGCGGCGAUCUCCGGCCCUUCUCCUCCUCCUCCACUGCCAGCAACCGCAGCAACACCCCUGAGUCGGUGGCCGAGACCCCCCCAGUGCGGGACCCGGGGGGCGGCACCGACCUCUACGGCUACAUGGCGAUGGAGCGGCCCCCGAGUGGCCGCCUCUGCUACCGGCCCUGCCCCGACGCUGCCAGCGACAGGUGCCAUAGGAAGCGGACCUACUCCCUGACCACGCCGUGCCGGCAGCGACCCGCCGCGCCGCAGGUUUCCUCCGCCUCCCUCGACGAGUACACGUUGAUGCGCGCCACCUUCGCCGGCAGCGCCGGCCGCCUCUUCUCCUCCUGCCAAGCCGGGGCUUCCCCCAAAGUGACCUACACCCCCUACCCGGAGGACUACGGAGACAUCGAGAUCGGUUCUCACCGCAGCUCCGGCAGCAGCAGCACCAAUCUGGGCCCGCCGGCAGUGGGGGGAGGAGGGGGAGAUGAUGACGGCUACAUGCCCAUGACCCCCGGUGUGGCCGCAGCCUUAGGGCAGGGAAGCCGGGGCAGCGAUGAUUACAUGCCCAUGAGCCCCACCAGCGUGUCUGCCCCCAAGCAGAUCCUGCAGCCCCGGGCAGGGGUGGGUAGCGGGUCCCCGGGGAACGGGAGCAGCUACAAGACCAGCUCGCCUGGGGAGAGCUCCCCUGACGAUAGCGGGUACAUGAGGAUGUGGUGCGGCUCCAAGUUGUCCGUGGAGAGCUCAGAUGGGAGGCUGAGUAACGGCGACUAUAUCAAUAUGUCCCCUCGGGACCCCCAGAAUGGGCCCCCAGCUCCCUCCCUCACCCCUCCAGACUUCUUUUUUGCCCCUUCAGGGCAUGGGUCCAGUGAGCCCCCAAAGCCCAGCUGCUAUUCAUACAGCUCCUUACCCCGGUCGUACAAGAGCCAGGGCUUGGUAAAGGACAGCGACCAGUAUGUCUUCAUGAACUCCCCGGGGAGGAUGAUCCCGGAGGAGGCGGUGUGUGGAGCGAGCCAGUUGCCUGCGGGCACCUUCGCCCCCUCCAGCCACACGGUGCCUUCGCCCCUGCGGCACAGCCGGACCGAGAGCUUCCUUAGCCAGCGGUGCCAGCGGGUGGCCCGGCCCAGCCGCCUCUCUUUGGAGACCUUGCGGACGAUGCUGCCCAGCAUGAAUGAGCACCCUCUGCCGCCGGAGCCCAAGAGCCCUGGUGAAUACAUCAACAUUGACUUUGGGGAUGCUGCCGUCUAUUCUCCCCCCUCGCUGCCUGCUGACAGCCCAGCCUCCUCCCUGGGCUCAGGCACGGGGCAGAGGCGCUCCCCUCUCUCUGACUACAUGAACAUUGAGUUUGGGUCGCAGUCGCCCUCCCAGUCGGGCACGGUCUCAGUGGGCUCCUUGGAAGCUCUCUCUCCGGGUUCUUCCUCCAGCACCAGCCAGCCCAAUGGGCACUACCUGAAGGCAGCUGUGGGGAUGGCUUGUUCGUCCAGCCCGUCGGACGGUGGUGACUACACCGAGAUGACCUUUGGCAUGGCCACUACCCCACCUCAACCCAUUGUUCAGAAACCAGAAAGUGCCCGGGUCACCAGCCCCACAUCUGGCGUGAAGAGGCUCACCCUGUCUGGGGUGGAGGCUUUCAUUCUCUCCAGCCCUCCCCCAGACCCGAAUCGGGGGGCCAAAGUAAUCCGGGCAGAUCCCCAGGGGCGGAGGAGGCACAGCUCAGAAACUUUCUCCUCCACCACCACUGUGACCCCAGUGUCCCCCUCCUUCGCACACAACCCCAAACGACACAACUCGGCCUCAGUGGAGAACGUGUCCCUCAGGAAAAGCGAAGGCCUGGAGGAGGAGCAGGGUAGCAGUCCUAUGUGCCGGGAGACUUCGGCUGGCUUCCAGAAUGGCCUCAACUACAUCGCCAUUGAUGUGGUGGAUGGGUCCUUGGCAAACUGUGACAAAUCCAGGUUGAAAGCUAGGCACCUCCUGAAUGGGGGCAUCAAUGGAGUAGAGAUGAGCACGUAUGCCAGCAUAGACUUUCUGUCUCACAACAUGAAAGAAGCCAGUGCUGUGAAAGCUUCUAAACGCAGAUCACAUGGAGGAGUGGUGCGGGGAGGCUCGUUGGGAUUGACCCUAUCUGUAGGAGGUGGGCUGUCUUCUCCAGCACCUCGCUUCCCUGAGAAGGGUGCCAGCCUGUAGGGUGCACUCAGAGAAUGAAGGAAUGAGUUUUCUCAUCAUGACCUCAAACAACAGAGUACAACAUUCAAAGAAGCUGCUCGGCAUAUACCUUUAUGUUUAUUUGUUUUUUUUUGUUUCUGUUUUUGGGAACUGAAGCUGCUUAACGUUUACUUUUUAUUGUUGUUUGUGUUGGUCCUAACAGUUGCAUAACUGUUGUGGGCUAAACCAUACAACAAAUCUGGGAGGAAGGGAAGGGAACCUGCCUAACUCAUUACCUGUCCAUGGCAUCUAUGUUAUCAUUUUGCUGCUGUUUCGACAGAAGUUGGAGAUGCUCUUUAAAUCAUAGGAACUUUUCUGACGGCCUCUUUAACUAACGGCCAAUGCCUUCAUUUUCUUUUUCUUCAAAGACAAACUGUAUUUCUUCUCUGGCAUAUUAGGGGAUUCUGUAACACCUGCUGAAGCAGCAAGAUCUGGUAUUUACUGGCAUAAUUUCAAGCCUACGACAGUACUACCUCAGUUCAAAGUAAAGCCGGAUUUGCAGAGUUGGUGUACGACAGGAACUCCUUUAUCUCUGUGCUGAGUUUCUCAAGAACGGUCGCCAGCCUUACUGAACUUGCAACUUGUACAGCUGCUGCUGCUGGGUUUUGAAUCACUAGCCCCAGGGUUUACUUCUCAGACAAAGCCUAAACAGGGCACUGAAAAGUCUAAAAUGCGAUGAAACUCUGUGAAUCAGACUUGGACAGAGGAUUCAGAGUAGUUUAAAAGUAUAAAAUGUGUAACCGAAGCAACAUAAGUUAAAAACAUCAACCUGUAUUAGGGGUAUCUCUGUACCUUUGACACACUUGUUUAAUCCUCUCUAUGUAGGUGUUUAUGUAGGUACUUCAGAUUGCAAAAGCCUUUUCUUCUAUUUACAAGCUCACUUUUGUCAGCUAACUGUUCUUAGCUGCAUUUCUUGUAACCAAAAAUCCACAUAAGCAUGCUAGGAAUGCAGGGAUGAUAAUGGGUAUCAGGCAGAUUCAAGAGCUAAUGUUAACACAGUAUUAUCUUGCCAUCUAUAGAGUCCUGAUAUUUGCCUUUUACCAAGAAAGCACCAUUGUAGCUGCAGGCACUACUACAGGGAAUAAGAACCAUUGCAGUCACUUAUCCUGAGUUCUUUUCAAGGCUAACUGCGCAUCACAUUUCCAGUGGCCUGAAAAUCUGAGUGGUGUGGCAGCAGCUGUCACAAAAGUCACAUACAACUGUUGCACCAGACUAGCAGAAUGUCAUGCCACCUUGUUUCUCCUUUGCUUGAAGUGUUUGUGUACAUUUUAAGGGUACCCCACCAGUGCCUGCUCUGAUAGACAUGUAAGUAUUACUAAGUUAUGAGUUAUGUGAGGCUCUUUAAUUUUUUUUUCUUUAAUCAUUGUGCUUGGUGGAACCUGUACUUCACUUUUGACAAUGCAUUAUCUUCUUUUGGGAUUUUUUUUUUUUCUGAGGAAGACAAGAGUCAAUGUCUUACAAGUACAAUGAACGGCAAUGCAGUCUUCCUGCUUACAUGCUGAAUUUUUAGAGCUGAGGAUUGUAUUACAAGACAAAGAUGAAUGUAAACUAAUUCCUUCCCUACUCCAUGGCACACUUUAUUUUUCAGUGUAAUUUUUGGGGUCUUAAAUCACAGCAAUGCAUAAGUUAAUACAAUAUUAGACCUAAAAUCAAUUUAAAUAUCUGAUCUGAUUGAGUUUUUUCUCUAAUACUAAUGCUAUAAAUGGUUCUAAGACAUUCUAAAAUGCUGCUUGUUCAAGUCUGGAACUAAAAAUUCCUGCAUACUUUGACAUUUUCUGUCUGACCCCUCUCUGCCCCCCCACCAGCACUGAGUGUGGUACCUGCUGAAUUCAGUGUUUUGAAUGCCUCUAUUUUCAAAUAUCCCUCUGAAUCAAUUAAGAAAUCAUGCCACUAAAACAAAUGGCUAAACGGCAUACAGCAACUUUAAAAAAAAAAAAAAAGAACUUGACAAAAUAAUAAAAUAUUCUCUAUCCUGUAUAUUUCACAAAGGCAUAUGCAAUACUUACAUUCUUAAUUUAGUUUACAGAAUGGAACCAAAAUGUAUAAAUGUUAUGUUUGCUAAAACUUCACAAUGUAUAUUGGGUCUUUGUACAUUUUGCCUGACUUACCUUAAAUUUAAAAUAUUUUUUGCUAUAUAACCUUAACAGUUAUUAAGCAGUGUUUUCUUUUUGGGUACGUAUUGUUUCUGGAUAUCAAGAUGUUAAAUAUAUUUCUUGCUAUUGUGAUAUGACAAGAGACUUAACUUAUCUUGCUGUGUCUUCCAAUGUACACGCUGUAUAUAAGGAUAAAUGUGAUGCUGCUGGAGACCAGAAUAAAUGGAACUAGAGUAGUGUAUUGUAUUUAGUCUGUAUUGUUCAUGGAUGCUCUCCUUAAUAGCCAUAUGCAAUAAAAUACAUUAUUUAUGAAAGGAGUAAA